AUGUUCACGAGGAAACUGCUACCAGUAGGUAACGCACUCUUGGAAAAUGCUUCAGUGCCGGUCAGUAAAGCCAGCCUCACACUCCUCACUUAUAACAUGCUUUCUCCGUACUAUAUGUGGCCUCAAGUAUACACAUAUGUUCCUGAAAAAUACCAAGACUGGACGUAUCGACAUCGACUACUUGAAAGAGAGAUUUUGAAUUUAUACAAAGCAGAUAUAAUGUGUCUACAGGAACUGACAGUGAAAGACUACGAAGGAUUCUGGAAACCACAUUGUAAGAACAAAAUCAACUAUGGAAGUAGCUAUAUUUCAAAGACCCCACCAGCAUAUUGGAAACGCCCGCAGGAUGAAAUGGACGGUGUUGGGAUUUUUUACAAUCUCGACAAGUUCCAGCAUCUUUCCACUACUAGCAUCUACCUUAACGACUUAAUGGGACUUUUCAAUAUCAGCGAGCUCAACUACUUGAAAAAUACCACUGUCACACUCACCAAUGGCGCAGGCGAGCAAACUGGUAAGGACAGUUUGCUGAAUGUGCUUCAUAGCAGAAACCAGGUUAGCCUGUUUGUGUCGCUCAUGCAUAAAGAAACCAGAACACUUUUCGUGGUCAUCAACACGCAUCUUUACUGGAAGUACGACGAGGUCAAAUUAUGUCAGUGUUUGACCAUCAUGCGUAAAUUGCACCGCGUUAUCAAACAGCUACUUGUCGGCAGAGAUGGAGCUACAUAUUCUCGCAUCAAGAUCUUGCUUGCGGGAGAUCUAAAUUCGAGCCCAAACUCACCAGUCGUCAAAUUUCUCAAGGGAGAAAGUGUGCAGCGGUCCGACUUCAGUCUGAUCAACCCACUUCGACCUUAUUUGAACCACUAUAUAUACCAGGAUACACCUUCCGAGCUUUUCGAUCACACCUGCUACUCUGGCAAACUGAAGGGCAUCUUUGACUAUAUUUGGUACCAUGAUAACGACUUCAGACUUAAGCGCAUUUUGAGUGGUGUCGAAAUUUCAGAGGAGCUCAACUUGCUGAAGGAAUUCGGAUUGCCUAAUAAGAAUCAUCCUAGCGACCAUAUACCAAUUUUGACAGAAUUGGAGCUACUUGACUAG